AUGACAAAGGAUACCAAUGAGCUGCUUCCGUCAGCCCAGUUCGAGGGUCCGGUUUCCAAGUCAUUCGCGAUUGACCCUUCCUCGUCACACUCGACUCACGGAAGAACCAAUGGGCCGUCAGACUAUGUUCUUGCUGCCGGAGCAGUGGAUAGGGAUGCCCCUACAGAAGCAGGAGAUUCUCAGAUCGGACGGCUUCGCGCAUAUGUCACCACGUUGCAGGACGAAGUCAACGAGUUUUUGACUGCUCGCAUGAAGGGAGGCCAGGAAAAAGAUGUGCAAGACGAGUACGAGGACGAGGACGAGGAUGCCGAAGAAGAGGAAUGA